AUGGCUCCUCACGCAAAUGAGACUGGUGCUGUCAACAGUGCCGUGAACGGGUUGGCUGGCAACAGCAGCGAAAAGACCCCUCUUUUCACCGUCGAUUCUCCUAACGUGGUCUACACUGAAGAAGCAAUUGAGACCAAGUAUGCAUACCACACUACCGAGGUCACCCGUGUCGGCGACAAAUUGGUUGCUACUCCCAAGGCACAGAACUACAACUUCAAGGUGGACCGCAAGGUGGGUAAGGUGGGUAUGAUGCUGGUUGGCUGGGGUGGUAACAACGGUACUACUGUCACCGCUGGUAUCAUUGCUAACCGCCGUGGUCUGGAGUGGGAAACUCGUGAGGGCAAGCGUGCUGCCAACUACUAUGGUUCCGUAGUGAUGGGCUCUACCAUCAAGCUUGGCACCGACGCGCAGGGUCAGGAAAUCAACAUUCCCUUCCAUGACAUGCUUCCAAUGGUUCACCCCAACGACCUCGUCAUUGGCGGUUGGGAUAUUAGUGGAUUGGGACUGGUUGAUGCCAUGGACCGUGCCUGUGUCUUGGAGCCUACCCUCAAGGAGCUUGUCCGCAAGGAAAUGGCUGAGAUGAAGCCUUUGCCCAGUAUCUAUUACCCGGACUUCAUUGCUGCGAACCAGGAGGAUCGUGCAGACAAUCUUAUCCCCGGCUCCAAGGCUUCAUGGGAUCAUGUUGAGCACAUCCGCAAGGAUAUUCGUGACUUCAAGGCUAAGAAUGAACUUGACAAGGUCAUUGUUCUCUGGACUGCCAACACCGAGCGUUACGCUGACAUCAUUGCUGGCGUAAACGACACCGCUGACAAUCUCAUCAACGCCAUCAAGUCUGGCCACGAAGAGGUCUCUCCUUCAACAGUCUUCGCUGUGGCCUGUGUCCUCGAGAAUGCCCCAUUCAUCAACGGUUCUCCCCAGAACACCUUCGUUCCAGGUGCCAUCCAAUUUGCCGAGCAGCACAAUGCUUUCAUUGGUGGUGAUGACUUUAAGUCUGGACAGACCAAGAUGAAGUCCGCUCUUGUUGACUUCUUGAUCAGCGCUGGUAUCAAGCUUACUUCCAUUGCCAGCUACAACCACCUUGGUAACAACGACGGCAAGAACCUUAGCUCCCAGAAGCAGUUCCGCUCCAAGGAGAUUUCCAAGUCUAACGUUGUCGACGACAUGGUCGCUGCCAACACUGUUCUCUACAAGGAGGGCGAGCACCCAGACCACACCGUUGUCAUCAAGUACAUGCCUGCUGUUGGCGACAACAAGCGCGCUCUUGACGAGUACUACGCCGAGAUCUUCAUGGGUGGCCACCAGACCAUCAGCAUUUUCAACGUAUGCGAGGACUCUCUCUUGGCUUCUCCUUUGAUCAUUGACUUGGUCGUCGUCGCCGAGAUGAUGACUCGUAUCAGCUGGAAGAAGGCCGAUGGUGCCGAAGACUACAAGGGUUUCCACAGUGUUCUCAGCGUGCUCAGCUACAUGCUCAAGGCACCCUUGACUCCUCCUGGAACACCUGUUGUUAAUGCUUUGGCUAAGCAGCGCUCUGCUUUGACCAACAUUUUCCGUGCCUGUGUUGGUCUCCAGCCUGAGUCUGACAUGACCUUGGAGCACAAACUAUUCCAGUAA